AUGGCUGUGCGCCCCUUUGUGUUGCUCAAAGCCUCUUUCGCCUUUCAUGCAUAUUCACGUGGUUUGCCUAAUGGGUUGGUCCAAUACGUUUGUGGGCUAAAACUGAUUGAACAGGCUGGAGCAAACAGAGACGAGGUUUGUAGGUUAUGGCCUACUGCUCCUGAUGUGGGUAGUAAUUCGAUACAGGCCCGUCGUUGUUCCCAUACGUUGCCUGAUGGAAAGAUUCAAACAUAUUUUGGCCUUGCAUUGAUUAACAGCUGCAACGAUUCUAGAAUCGUGGGUAGCAAACAUUCUAUCCAUAUACAAAAUCCUAAUUAUGUGGGUCUUGGUGGGAAGGUCGUGACAUACUGUGGGCCUACCCUAACUACCAUAGAUGCAACUACUUCCUCUGCUGACCCCAACGCAGGUAAAAACGCCAUGCGGAGCGAUGCAGUGCAGAUGCAGCCUGCUUUAUGUCCACCAACAACAUAUUCUCCCUCCGUAUUUGCCCAAGGUGCGCAUGUUAGGUACCAGAACCUUGGCCGUCCAACCUUCACGUGCCAUAAUUGUGCGGCGAUCAUGUGGUAUGAAGAAAGGAAUAAAAAGACAAAGUCGUCUGAUGGGACGACUUUCUCUUCGUGCUGCCAGGAUGGCAAGGUUUUGCUUGCUCGCCUUCUUGAUCCGCCUGAACCAUUAAGAUCAUUACUUGAUUAUAACGACCCGGCGACACUUAGAUUCAGAGAACAUAUUAGAGUUUACAAUAGCAUGUUCUGUUUCACAUCGUUUGGGGGAAAGAUUGAUCAUGCUAUAAACAGUGGUCGAAGCCUAUACACCUUCCGAAUAAGUGGGCAGAACUACCACCGAAUAGGCUCCAUGUUGCCAGUUGAAGGUGAGCAACCAAGAUAUGCUCAACUGUAUUUCUACGACACGCAAAACGAAGUUAAAAACCGUAUAACUGCUUUGUUUGGCCAGACCCAUUGUCACGACACAUGUGAUGAAGCAAUUGUUGCGUCCCUCAUCAGAAUGUUAGACACCCACAGUCCUUUGGCUACCGCCUUCCGCAUGGCACGUGACUGGUGCACUCAAAAUGAAAGAAACAAUUGUCAACUACGCUUACUUGGCCAAAUAAUAAACAAUCCACAAUACAACCGCCCUAAUGUGUCUGAAGUUGCUGUUCUUAUCACAAACGACUUUGGGGACAACACUGAACCACGUGAUGUUAUCGUUAGCACAAAGCAUGGCGCGCUUCAACGCAUAUCAGAAUUACAUCAGCUUUACAUGCCUUUGCAAUAUCCGUUGUUGUUUCUGUACGGAGAGACCGGGUUCCACGAACGAAUACACUACCAUGACAACACCGGACGUCGGGCGACUAAACGACAAUGUGUCACAAUGCGGGAAUACUACUGCUACAGAAUCCAUUAUCGCAAUAACGAAGGCACCACCCUGUUAAGAGGCGGUCGUUUAUUCCAACAGUAUUUAGUUGACUCAUACGCAGCUAUCGAAGAACAAAGAUUGCGCUGGAUGAGGAAUAACCAAAAUGAGCUGCGCGUUGAGCUCUAUCAUAAUGUUUGUGAUGCUGUGACGCGUGGGGAUACAAAUGCUGAGGCUAUCGGGCAACGUAUAGUUUUACCGGCAACCUUUACGGGCAGUCCAAGAUAUAUGAUCCAAAAUUACCAAGACGCCAUGGCUUUGUGCCGUACUUUUGGGAACCCCGACCUGUUUGUAACGUUUACAGCUAACCCAAAAUGGCCUGAAAUCGAAGACAUGGUGUCUCUCAUACCAGGCCAAAAGUCUCAUGACCGUGCAGAUGUUGUAUCACGCGUUUUUAAGCUAAAGCUGACCUCCUUGAUUGAAGAUAUUAUGAAGAAACAAAUCUUUGGCAGCUGCCAAGCAGCUGUUUAUACAAUUGAGUUUCAAAAACGAGGCCUACCGCACGCGCACCUUUUGUUGUGGCUUGAACAUUCUGCUGAGUCUCGCACGCCGGCUGGCAUAGAUGAUUUGAUUUCUGCAGAGAUCCCAUCGGAAAUUGACGAUCCAUCCGGCUAUAAGGCUGUAACAGAUUACAUGUUGCAUGGCCCAUGUGGGAAUGAUGCGCGCAGUGCUCCGUGUACAACAGAUGGAAAAUGCAUGAAACACUUUCCGAAACCAUUUUACCGAGAAACAACAAUUGACGAAGACGAUUACCCGGUUUAUCGCCGACGAGAUACCAAGAUCUUCUUUAAGAAGGGCAAAACGAAGCUUGACAACCGGUUUGUCGUCCCAUACAACCGCUACCUCCUCUUAAAGUACGAAUCGCACAUCAAUGUUGAAUGGUGCAACCAAUCCCGAGCGAUAAAAUACCUGUUUAAAUACUUAAGCAAGGGGCCAGACAGGGCUACAAUGGUUGUUCAGGAAAACAUUGGCAAUAACGGUGAAAAGCGUACACAACAGAUUGUUAAGGUUGAUGAGAUUAAAAACUAUCUGGAUUGCCGGUACUUAUCACCAUGUGAAGCUGUGUGGAGAAUGCUUGCAUUCCCUAUACAUUACUCAUUCCCAUCCGUCAUGAAACUAACGUUCCAUACACCUAAUCAACAUCUGCUCACGUUACGUGAUUCAGACAGCUUGCCGGCCCUGUUAAACCAGGACGGGAUACGAGACACGAUGUUCACCCAAUGGUUUGCGCUAAACAACAGAGACGAAGCGGCAAGAGAGUUAACGUACGCCGAGAUACCAACAAGGUAUGUGUGGCAAGAGGAUAACAAGGUAUGGAAAACGCGGUUGGAGCGGACAACCAUUGGGCGGAUUGUGUAUUGCAAUCCAGCAGCUGGGCCAAAGUAUUAUCUAAGAAUGUUGUUGGGAAUUGUAAGAGGGCCUCGAAGUUUCGAAGAAAUAAAAACGGUCGACGGAGUCGUAUAUGCAACGUUCAAAGAAGCCUGCUAUGCGUAUGGCUUGCUUAAUGAUGACAAGGAGUGGAAUGACGCCCUGUCAGAGGCUAAACUAUGGGCGUCCGGUUCCCAACUACGGGAAUUGUUUGUUACCAUGUUGUUGUUUUGCGAAGUGAAUCGCCCGGCGCAACUCUGGGCACAAAAUUGGGAGAUACUAUCUGAUGAUAUUUUGUACCUGAAACAUAGGCUCUUCAUGUUCCCAGGGUUACAUUUAUCUGACGACCAGCUUAAGAACUACUGCCUGAUCGAACUAAAUGAACUAUUGGAGAAAAAUGGAAAAUCGUUAUCGGAUUUCACAGAUAUGCCCCAACCGGAUACGUCGCUCCUCGAUAAGAUGGAUAAUCGUCUAAUUAGGGAAGAGUUGAGUUACAAUAAAAAAAAGAUGACAGACGAACAUGAUCGAUUAUAUGCAUCACUGAACACGGAACAAACGGUCACAUACGACACAAUCAUUGAUUCUGUUACCACCCGAAAAGGCGGGUUCUAUUUCGUGUAUGGUCCGGGUGGGACAGGCAAGACGUUCCUGUACAAAGCCAUUCUGUCACGCUUAAGAUCUAUGGGCAUGAUUGCCCUUGCGGUUGCAUCUUCGGGUAUCGCGUCCCUUCUAUUACCCGGUGGUCGGACAGCUCAUAGCCGCUUCGCUAUCCCUUUAGAAUUACUUCACAAUAGCACGUGUGCCAUCAAACAAAAUACCCAAUUGGCACACCUGUUACAAGAGGUAAGGUUAAUCAUCUGGGACGAAGCACCAAUGAUGCAAAAAUAUGCUUUUGAAGCACUUGAUAAAACACUUAGAGAUAUCUUGGGGUUUCCUGCCUACGCAAACAGGGAACGCGUGUUUGGUGGCAUGCCUGUUUUGCUUGGUGGUGAUUUCAGACAAAUCCUGCCCGUCAUCCCAAAAGGAAAAAGAGAAGAUGUUGUUCAGGCAUGCAUAAAUAAAUCGUAUCUGUGGAAAAGUUGUAAACUCUUCAGGCUCCACCGUAGUAUGCGUGUCAACGAAUACACCUCAGCAGGUGUGCUAGACAUGGAUAGGCAACAUUUCAACAAAUGGUUGUUAGAAAUCGGCGAUGGAAUUGUUCCUUCAAAGACCAAAGAAGGUGAGGAUGAGCCAACCUGGAUCGAGAUACCCACCAGGUUCAUCGUAGAUGGUUGUGGCCUUCCUGUGGAAUCGAUUGUUAACGCUGUCUUCCCGUCGUUUAUAGAAAGGCAGGUUGAUGACGAUUAUUUAUGUGAAAGAGCAAUACUAACCCCACGCAAUAUAGACGCGGACGAAAUCAAUGAUUACAUGUUUGCACAACUGAGACGGCCCACAAAGACCUACAAGAGUUCUGAUGAGAUAUGUCGCGCGUCCACGGAUGUAUUAGAACAGGAACAACUCUAUCCGUCUGAAUUCCUAAACUCUUUGACAUUCCCAGACUCCUCAUAUUCAACUUCCAUAACAUCAACUUAUUAUUAUUGGUUAUCAUUAAUGCAACUAGAUGUGUCAUCCCAAGAGGCUACUUAUCAUGUCUCUAUAAAUACACAACCAUAUUCAAGCAUCCUACCUUCCAUUAUACAACCUGUGGCUGAAUAUCGAAAGACCCCUGCAAACAUGAAGAAAACUACUGCUGUUGCUAACUGUACAGAAAGUCUGGCAACUGUUGAAGAAAUAUUAAACCAUGGUCGAGAAAAUAAGAAACACACGAAUGCUGAGUUCAAUUGCCGUGUGGUGAUUAAAGGCGUACGUAAUAGUGAAGAGUGGUUCAGACUUAUGUGUGGAGGAGGAAAAUGCAUGAAAGGUGUGUCGCAUGAUCACGGGGAGUUGUGGUGUGAAGGCUGUGAAAACCCAGUUAUGUUUCCCCGAGCAAGAUUCCAUCUUCAACUUGAUGUGGUCGAUUCUACGGCUAAUGUGGUCAUCGUGUGCUUCAAUGACACUGCACAGCUUCUAACAAGCACCACUGCUCAGUCUAUACUCAAUGUGGAAUCGGGUCUCUCGCACAUCUACACCGUUUCUUCCGCAAUCAACCAGGAUAGCUUCACACCAGUCAUGAUACGGACCUGUAACGGUAACAUCUCAACGCUCCCAAACUGCUUACAUUCACUUAUAGGCACCACCCGAACCAUCCAAGUUGAUACAUCCACGUACUACCAUAAUGGGGCCUUUGAGAGUUUCAACUGCAAACGUGUGCUCCCCGACGAAACCAACUAUCAAUCCGUUGGAUCUACCACUCCUACUCCCAUGACUAGGAAGGGUAAAGGGGUGAUGACAAUUCCAACACCGGUUAAGCUCAAAGAAACAGUCAGCAAGUACAUGUAA